CUCCUUCGUGGUCAUUUUAAAUGAUCAAAAUUGUGUAGAGCUGGCUCAAAGUGGCAACCACCAUCCAUUGGACCACGCCACUAUAUUGAAAUCCCAGACCAUGCCAUAACACUCCGAGCAUAUGGAACAUAUACACGUACUCUCCCCUAAAGUUAAAUCCAUUAUAUAUUACCCUCAGCUCUCUGUAUAGCACAUACCACCCACAUAUCACUGAUUACCCAAACUUUCAUUUUGGUUCAGACUUCCAUCCCAGGUUUUUGAAUCCUCUGUUUGUGCUGUUGCUGCUAUGGAUUCAUCUGAGAAUGAUGUUGCAAGACCACUACUUGUGCUAGAUCAGCUUCCACUGGAGAGCUACUGGGACAUUCCCCUGUAUCAAUGGAAUGGCUUCUGGUACAGAGCUUAUCACCUGGAAGCUGCUCUGGCGCUCCGUUCUCAGUUCAAGGUACGUCCUGAUGACAUUAUCCUUGCAUCUCCCAUGAAAACAGGUACCACCUGGCUCAAGGCCCUCGCUCUCUCCAUAAUGCGACGCCACUGCUAUGGGGACGAAAACAUCCACAGGGCGGAUGAGGAUCCACUUGUCAAGAACCACCCUGCCUUCUACGUGCAGACUCUGGAGGUUCAAGUGUUCACUGCCAAGCCCCCACCAGAUGUCUCGGCUAUGCAGUCUCCGAGACUGUUCCACACUCACUUGCCAUACAGUGAGCUUCCUGAUUCGAUCAAGGAAUCUAACUGUAAGAUAGUUUACAUCGCCAGGAAUCCCAAGGAUACUUUGGUGUCAACGUGGCACUUCCUCAAUCAUCUAAGAACAUCUGAGCAGGGUCCGUAUCCAUUCGAGAAAGCCUUUGAGUGUUUCUGCAAGGGAGUUUCCCAUUUCGGGCCAUUUUUUGAGCAUGUUUUGCAGUACUGGAAGGAGAGCUUGAAGAAUCCUGAACGGAUACUGUUUCUGAAAUAUGAAGAGCUGAAGAGAGACACGAAGGGGAAAGUGAAGGAGCUAGCGUCAUUCCUGGGAAGGCCAUUUGCGAAGGAGGAAGAAGUAGAAGAUGUAGCAUGGAGGUGUAGCUUGGAAAGGUUGAAGAACUUGGAGGUUAACAAAAAUGGGGUGGAUCCUUGGGUUGGGAUGAGAAACAGCACAUUUUUCAGGAAAGGGGAGGUGGGAGAUUGGAAGAGCAUGUUCACCCCUGAGAUGAGAGACAAGCUGGACGAAAUCACUCGCCUGAAAUUGGAGGGAUCCGGUCUCAAUCUAGAUUACAUGUGAUGUGAUCUUAUGUUUCACGUGAAGCCAAAAUUAUUAAAUUAUAUUAGGUCCUGUCAUGUUCUAUUUCUACUGUUAACGUACUCCAAUAAUUUCUGACUCUGUUU